UAAGAUAUAUAUAUAUAAGCCCAAUAGUUAAGGCCCAAUAAUACUUAUUUCCUGUCCGUUUUGUGGGUCACGUGUCUACCAUAGCCAUUUCUCUUCGUGUAUCUGCAAAGACCGGCGCCGAUGAUGAACAAAGGCGGUGGUUCUGGGGGCGGAAUGGCCGGAUCCGGUGGAGGUAGUGGACCGACGGCAGCUGCUGCGGCCGCGGCUUUACAGAAGCAAAAGGCGUUGUUACAGAGAGUAGAAUCUGACAUCACCUCUGUUGUCGAUAACUUCACGCAAAUCGUCAAUGUCGCAAGGGUGAGUGAUCCGCCGAUGAAGAACUCGCAGGAAUCAUUCAUGAUGGAGAUGCGAGCUUCGAGAAUGGUUCAAGCAGCUGAUUCUAUUCUGAAACUUGUAUCGGAACUGAAGCAAACCGCUAUUUUUUCUGGAUUUGCAUCACUAAAUGACCAUGUAGAACAAAGAAUUGCAGAGUUUGAUCAAGAGGCCGAGAAUACAAAUCGAUUGUUGGCUAGAAUAGCCGAUGAUGCAUCUGCCAGUCUAAAAGAGCUAGAGUCACACUAUUACUCUUCUGCUCAGAGAUUGGAUAUAGACAUCUGAUAUACAACAAUGGCAGGAGGCACUAGUCUGUACCAUUAACAGAUAGACAAUUUGGUUCAUAAAACAGAUGAAACAGCAUUAGUAGAAGCCAUUAGAGGAGGAUAUGCAAUUUGAAGUCAUGGACAAGGACCGUUUUUGCACAAUCCUUUCCCCCUUUAUCACAUUUCCUCCACCAUGCUUUCAUUGAUACUAUAAUAAUAUGUAAAAUCUACUGUUCACAUUUCCUUCACCAUGCUUUCAUCGAUGAAAAUAUGUAUAAUCUAUGGUUCUGACUUCUCAUAGUUUCCAAUCUGAUGAACAAGCCUUGCUGUUUUCACUAGUUAUUACUGAUUCUGUGUUGUGUAAUCCUUUUGUACUGUUCUUCGCUUGUUAUAUGAAAAUCCCAUUUCAUA